AUUUUGUAUCGCGGAGGAGUAGGAGUGGCUAUGAUUACUACUCGGUAGUUCUAUAUAAAGAACGAGGUUUUAGCGGUUUAAUCAAAACGUGUUUUACUUGUGAGGAGUAGAGACUAUUGAACUAGCUUACUUGAAUUAUAUCUUGGAGUAAUACAAUCAUGGUGCAGUAUGUAAAACGUCAAACUAGUGCACAGAUGGUGGCUAAACAGCACUUAAGACUUCACUUGAGACGAAUCCGAAAUAAAGAAUAUUCCAGACUCAGAGACAUGGUCCCAUCUAUUGCCAAGAAAGACAAAAUUUCUAAGGUGACAGUCAUUGAGGAGGCUGUAAAAUACAUCGAUGAACUGCACAGAGCUCUGUUUGAGCGGCUACAUUCUAAAGCUCUCGGAAACAAACCAAUGUCAGAUGAUCACGUAAAAGAUUUCAUACACACCCUGAUUCCGGCGGACUUGUUCUCCAAGACGCAAUCUUCCAGCUCUACCUUUGAAAAAACACAAAGACAUCCUUCCUACUUAAUGCCAAAGAAGCAGAGGGGGUUUGGCAAACCACACUAAUGCUUCGGGCCAACUGUUUUCUGUGAUAUAUAAGAAAAAUUGCACGCACUGACUGUGAUAUUUAUCUUUUAUGAAUAUUAUAACCAAUUUUUAUUGGAGUUUUUGCCUUGUGAAUUCUGAUCCUCUGGGCUAUUGAAAAGUGCAGCUUGCACCCACAGUCCCCAAUCCAGGAAAAGUCGGCGCCAGCUCAAUAUCUCUGCAGGUAAUUGCAUAUAUAUCUAUACUUUAAUGUUUUUUGUCAUUGGUAUCUUUACAAAUGAUAGCCAUUUCCUCGUGAAGCGAACAAUGCGCGUGUGAAUCUUGAUAAUUAUAGUAUAUCUAUUUUAACGACUGGGAAUUUAGACAAAAAUGAAAAUAGAAUGAAAUGCUGCCUGUGAAUAUUUGAAAAUGAAAUCUCUUCUUUUUAUUUUGCAGAUACGGAAUUAGCAGUACAGUGUUUCCCUCGCAGUGUAUCCGGUUUGAAAUACGUGUUCCUGUACGAUGAGACGGGAGACUAGAAUGCUACGCACUCAAAAUGUCCAUUUCAAAUGCAUUCCAACAUACAAUGUGAUCCAUUCCAAUGCUAGUCUUUUAUGAAAAAUAUAUAUUUGAUAUAAUAAAACAAUUCAAAAAGAU